CUUGUCGUUUGAUCCGGCAGGCCCUCCUCAGCAAUGACUUCCUUAAACAGCUGGAUCCCAUCCAGGUUAAGGAAAUUGUUAAUUGUAUGUAUGAGAAACACAUCGAACGCGGAUGCUACAUCAUACGUGAAGGGGAGCCGGGUGAUGCCCUCUACGUUUCAGCCGGUAAGUUGUUAUUGGCUUACUUGUGUACUUUAUUUUGUCUACUAUGA